AUGCAUAUCGUCUGCUCUAAUGGAUACAUUGAAGUUAGCCGGGUGCUUUAUGAGUACGGCGCUUCGUUGGAUGCACUGGACGAAGAUGAGGAAACUCCACUGCUUCUAGCUGCCAAACGAGGCGAAACAAUCAGUGGUUAG